CCAAUAGGGUCUCGAGUCAGAUGUUAUUGCGAUCAAAACUUGACUUUCUACAGUUCACUUCACAUUUUAUUUUCAUUUCCAAAAAUACACAUACAGCUAACCCUGUUUAUUCAUUUUCUUAAAUUUAAUAGUGGAAAUAUAGUUUUAGGGCGAGAUAAUAUAUAAUCAAUUUAGUAUUGUGCCAAUUUUAGACGGUGAAUGUUCAUCUAAUCAGAAAGUUUUACUGUAGUGAUAAGUGUUUGAAUAGAGGAGGAAGUUUACAGACAAGACCUUGACGAAAAUAUUUGCAUCUUGGAUAUCAGUAAACUAAUCAUUUUUCGGACAAUGGGUUGGUGGUCACUAUCGCUUAGUGGCUAAGCGACAUGGAGCCGGACCUAGAGUCGGAUGGGUUGCCAUCUAUUCAUAUAAGUGAUGUCAUUGAAGUAAUCAAACAAGAUGAGGCAUCAGGUGUGCGGGAUUUCUCUGCAGAGUUACGGGAAACUGAGGAGGUGCUAGCUGAGGAUUUGGCUACUACUGGAGUCCUUGGAGCAACUUCUGGAGGUUUUGGAAUCCCUGCGCCUACUGGAACAGCGAUUAGUUCUGGAUUUUUCGGAACUGAUUCAGGUUGGCAACUGGAAGUAAGCUCUGUAGUUGCUGGAAGUUCUGGACUUGCUGGGCCUUCUGGAGUAGUUGCAAGUUCUGGAACAUCUGAAUUCCCUGGAACAGGUUCUGGAGCAAACGUUAGUUCUGGACCAUCUGGAUUCCCUGGAGCAGUUUCUGGAGCAAAUCCAAGCUCUGGACCAUCUGGAUUCCCUGGAGCAGGAUCUGGAACAAACGUUAGUUCUGGACCAUCUGGAUUUCUUGGAGCAGUUUCAAACUCUGGAUUUGCCGGACCCUCAGAAUCUGGGCCGCUGCUGUUGGGAGCAAGAGGUGGAGGAGUGGUGGAGGGGGGAACGGCCAUCAUGCACAAGCAAGCAGUGUGUGUGAUCACUGAGCAGCCUGCCUCCAAAGCGCUGCGCUUCCGCUACGAGUGUGAAGGCAGAUCGGCCGGAAGCAUACCCGGUGUGAACAGCACGCCUGAGAAUAAGACUCAUCCCACCAUUCAGAUAAAGAACUACGUAGGGCGGGCGGUGGUGGUGGUAUCUUGCGUGACGAAGGACUCACCUUACAGGCCGCACCCGCACAGCCUGGUUGGCAAGGAGGGCUGCAAGCAUGGCGUCUGCACCAUGGAGGUCAACACCGAAACCAUGGCACUCGCCUUCGCCAACCUUGGCAUCCAGUGCAUCAAGAAGAAGGACAUCGAGGCGGCGCUCAGUCAACGAGAGAAGUUACGCAUCGAUCCAUUCAAGACUGGCUACGAUCACAGGAACCAGCCUGGUAGCAUUGAUUUGAACGCGGUUCGUCUCUGCUUCCAAGUGUUCCUCGAAGGCAAGAUUAAGAACCAGUUCAACGUGGCUAUCACGCCGGUCGUGUCCGAGCCCAUCUAUGACAAAAAGGCGAUGUCCGAUCUUCUCAUCUGCAAACUGAGUGAAGAUUCCGCUCCUGUUACUGGGGGAAAACAAAUUAUUCUCCUGUGUGAAAAAGUUGCCAAAGAGGAUAUCUCAGUGAAACUUUAUGAAGUGGUCAACAACCAGAUAGUAUGGGAAGGAGAAUGCGAAUUCAAUACCACCGAUGUACACAAGCAAGUGGCUAUCACCUUCAAAACUCCACGCUAUAAGAAUAUUGAAGUGACCGAACCGAUCGUAGCGCAGAUCCAGCUAGUGCGUCCCUCGGAUAAAGCCGCCAGCGAUCCGCUGCCGUUCCAGUUGACGCCCAUUCACUCAGCUCCGAGCAUAGGAGUCAGGAGGAAAAGGGCCAAAUACAAUACUAUACAGGAGUUGGAGGCUAAAAAUACUAAUUUGCUUCAAUGUGAAGGAACAUUGGUCAAACAGGAACUGGAACGUGAAGCUUUCUGGAAAACAUCGCCAGUUUACGGUACCCCCUCACCAGUUUACGGCGCCCCCUCGCCAGCUGCCGCAGCAGGCGCCAGUCCCGACUAUGCUAAUUUGGCGGCGGCUGUAAUGCAGCCAUCGCCCGCCUAUGGUGGCCCAGUUUAUGCGCCGCCGCCCACGUUUAGUCCGGUUGGAAGUGUGGCUAGUCCUCCCGAACAUCAGGCAUCAGUCUCCCCCCUGCCGCAAAUGGGUCAUCCCAUGGAGCAAAUGAACAACCUAAGCAUGAUUCAACAACAGGUCAACAUGGACAACAACAACCUCAACAUGUGCCAGCCGCAACAUAGCCCCAUGCAGCACAACAUCGUGCAGCAACAUAGCCCCAUGCAGCACAACAUCAUGCCGCAACAUAGUCCCCUGCAACAUAACAUCGUUGACAACAUGAUGCAGCAACAACAACACAGUCCGCUACAACACAACAUUGUUGACAACAUGGCCCAACAACAGCAACAAAUUGUUGACAACAUGGCCCAACAACAGAUUGUUGGCAACAUGGCACAACAUCAGCAACAUGUCGUAAUGGACAUGGAUACUCAGCAACAUAGCAUCGAACUGAGUGCUGGCAGAUUGGACAGUAGAGAUUUGCGAGAUCUGGACUUGGAUUCUGUCUCUGAAAAUCUGUCUGCUAAUUUGAUUCUGAACGAAAUAGCAGGUAAUAAUGAGCAGGUUAUGACUAGUCUGGAGGCCAGGCUACCUUCUAAUAGUUUACUAUACUACAACCAGAACAAUAAUAGCAAUGGCAGCAACUUUCCUCCGACGGGUGGCACGAGCAAUAUGCUGUGAACUUCUAAUGCAAGUUGUAGCUGACGUUCACUGCAACUUGUGACGGAAUAUGCUGUAAUGUAUAGAUAGUUGUGUAAAUAGAUUCGUUUCUGUAGGAUUCCCUUGAAAUCAAUGUUGUUUUCCAUGACGAAACACUUGAUAAUAAUUAUUUUACAGAUACUACUUGUAUUUCUCAGGCCCGUAAGCUUAAUAGCAGUUUGUCCCAAUUUCAACUUGGGGUCGCUUUCUCCAAAGUUGUUUCAACUAUUCAACCCGUUUCAUCAAUUUAUGGUCGCAUUUACUAUGUUUCAAUUGAGUCAGCUGAUGGUUAAGCUAGAAUUUAAGUUUAAAUUUUUUAGAGAAGGCGACUCAAUCUAGGAUUAAAGCUAUGGUCGCAUUAAUUAUUUAGCCUUAUGUGUCACAAAUGGUGGUUAAACUCGAAAAAUGAUCAACUACUAUUAUUGAGCUUACGUGCCUUAGUAAAUAAUUAAAUAUACAAGGAUACAUAGUUCACAAAAACUGCACUCGAAAAAUGAUUACUAUCAUUGAGCAUACAAGCCUUGGUAAAUGAUUAGAUGUUCAAUGAAUAAAAUUAUCCACGAAAUCUGCCAAUAGACAUGGAAAGUAGAGACGGAAACUCACAGGCGGCCAGUAUCUACAUUCCCUGUCUAUAAGCCGCUUUAUAUUCUGGCAUACCUCAAAAUCGUUCACUUUCUUCGCAUUGAACAUACCUUGAACCUCAAAGGUAAGGUUAGCCCAACGUUAGUAGACUGUCCACUCACUUUGAGGUUAGCAACAUGCUGAGAACAUUCACUGCAACAGAACAUAUUGUAGUGUGUAAAUAGAAUCUGUACUACCGGUAUAAAGUUUUCUCAAAAUCUUUCAUUCUGUCAGGCAUUCCUUAAAAUUCAUCCCUCAAAAUCUUUCAUUUUAUAGGAGUUUAAACUUUUUUUAUUCUUGUAGAUGACUUUGGACAAAGACAGUUAAACUAAAGCAACUAUGAUUAUAAGAUAUGGGUAACUAUUACACAGCUAUACACUUAAACAACCAUUUGACGUUGUGAGAGCUGUGUUUGUUCCGUAAAUUCAGGUGAACCGUGAAUGGGAGUUUGUGAAGUUUAGUUUCAACUGUCGAAAAUCGGUUUUAUUACUAAAUUUUAAAUAAAGUUUGAGUGCAGAGUAUCCGUAAACACUGAAACACGUACGUUUUUUGAAACACACAACUCGGAAGUUUUUCUUGAAAUAGAAGAACUCAAUAAAUUCAUGAUUGCAGACUUCUCUUACACCAAGAAAUAUUAAGAUAUAUUUAUGAAUGAUCGUGAUUUUCAUGAAUGUAAAUAGUGUAAAAUGAGAAUAGUAUCGUUAGUUUAUUAUAAAAAAGCGAUAUUGCAAAAUAGUAAUCUGGAAUGUAUACUUACUGUAUCUAUCAAUAUCAAGUAAGUAAGAAAUGCUACGAAUAUAUUUAGAUAUUACUCAACCAGAUUAUAUUAUGAGACUCAACUUGAUGUUAUUGUUAAAAUUGCUCUUAUUAUUCAAAUAAGAUAUAUAAAUUUUUAGGUGUACAGUAUAUGCACAAUUCCAAUUUGCAUUAUCACAAAUAUAGUUGAUAAUAACUAUUUUAUAGAUUAAUAUUGUUUGUUUUAAUCAGUGAAAAAGUUAUAGAUUAGUUUCUAAGUCAUCGAUAUCUAUUUUUACAUAAUAUGUAGAUAUGAUAGAAUAUUGAGUUUCAAUUUACUGUACUUAGAUUAUGUUCAUCUAUAAUGUUGUGAUAACUUGAAAGAAGCCGUAAUAGAAUUUGGGAAUUUAUUGAAUCACUGAGCGUGAUAUCUAAUCGUUCGUAUUAGAAAAGUGACGUGCUCUCAGUACCCCCGUUGGAAGGGUGACAGCUUAAGACCAGCUCCACUAAUUGACUGUUAUGAGCGUAGAAAUUCUCUUUAUUUACUUUUACUCCCAGACAGCUACGAUUCGAGUACUGAAUGGUUAGUACUGAAAGUACCCACUAACACGUUUAAUCCUUUCCUCUCUUGACACCACGUUAUCUUUAUCCCUCCCAUUAUCCAUGUACAAAUCUUGGGCUCUUGUGGGCUUCGUCUUCAGUAAUAUUGUAUUAAAAAAUGAAUAAUUAAAGUAGACUGGCCUUCAAUGGUGAGUGAGAACUAGUCGUAUGAGUCUUGUGUUUAAACAAAUUAAACAAUAGAUUAUUAUAGCAGAAACCAUAUGAUAAUUUCUACCAAUCACUCAUUCAAACAAAGUCCUGAGAGUUCGCCUCUUGAAUUUUUAUUUAUUACAAGUUUACUCUGCUUAACGAACAAAUAUUUAACUUACUCAUAAGAAUAAAUCUUAUUAUUUUAUCGUGGAGACACUUUCAAUUCUUUGUUCUUAGAGCAACCCUUUGUUCUUAGAGCAAUUCUUUGGCAAAAUAAUAAUGAUUUGGUCUCAGAAAUGUACUUAUUAGAAUAAUGAGUAUCAUUCUCAAUUGUACGAGAAUUAUUAUCAAGUAUUAAUCGUUGACCGACACUUAUUGUAUUAAUUUAUGACUGAUCAAUAUUGAUAAUUAGGUUUUUAUUUUUUGAAAACUUCCUAAGUGACUUUCAAGUUGGAAUAAGUGGCUUUCAAAUCGAUCAAGCCUCAAGCCAUAGCGUUCCACUAUCAGUAGUUUUGAAAAUUUGAUAAACUUAGGAUUUAUAGUAUGUCCAAUAAUGUGUUUGAAUUUUAAUUGAACAAAUUAGGAAAAUUAUUUAAUUUUUAUGGUUUCAAAUUCUAUUUUAUUUUUUGUUUAUUUUUUUUUUUUUACCUUUCUUGGUCUACUACCGUAGGUAUGGAAAGUAUUGCUUACACAAAACUAUAAAGUUGUUACCCAUGUUAUUUGUGAACUUUCGUUUCAAAUUUGCUUCAAAUUUUAUGUUUUGUUCAAGUAUUAACGUCUUGUGAUAAAUUGAAAUUGACUUUCAACGGUUUGCCUUUUAAGUUUGCUAAAAUUCUAUAUAGCUAUAUUUGAUGUAUUAGCCUUUUGUGAUACAUUUAAAGUAUAUACUUCCUGUUGAUAAUGUGUGUUAAUCAUAAUUAUUCCUUUUAUGUACUGUUCAUUCUAUCUGAAAAAUACAAUUCAAAUUUAUUUAUUUUAUUCUUCAUGUUACUUUAGCGAUAAUUCGAAACAAUAACUGAGAUAAUAUGGUGCAAUAACAGAUUUCAAAGUAUUAACUUUUAAAAUUGAUCCCUCUACUGUCUGGGACAGUUUUCAUGUUUAAAUAAUAGUUAAUACUAUUUUAUGAAUGUUAUCAUGUUGAUAUUUCAAAAUAUUGUGCAAUAAUAUGAAAAACCGCUGUGCAUUACCCAGUUCUUAAGUAUUACAUAAUCUCACCUUAUAUAAUUAAACUCUAAUAUACAUAUUAGAACUUAUGUGAUGAAAUAUUGGACCAGUUGAGAAUCCCAAGUAAUUCAAUACCCAUAAAUAGACACAAUAAUUUUAUAAACUGGGUUGUGAUUUUAGAAAUAUAAUAUUUUAAUAUAGAGUAUUAAAUGUAUCCGUUCCAUAAUAUUAUUGUUAAAGUCAUAUCAUAGGUUUUAUUCGAACUUGUCAAAUUUCUAUUUUUUAUAGUUCAGAUCUCAAAUGGGACCAUAUAAAUAUUUUGAUUUCAUAGAUUAUAUUAUAUAAUAUUUUAAUAUCAUUUUAUAUACUGUAUAACAUUUCAAUGAUGUGUGCAAUCACUUAUUUAGUUAUAACAAUAAUAUAAUAUAUAAAUUAUUAUAAUCAAGUACUAUACCUUCAAUUAGUCCAUGAAUCACAUUAAAGCAUGUGCUGUAGUUGAUAAUUGUACAUUUUCAUAAAAUUGAAAAAAAGUUUUUAACUUUAAUAUAAUUUUUAAUUAAUCGUAUUGCAUUUUUUCGCCCAUCGUUCGAUUUAGUGAUUGUUCUAGUUUUAAAUUAUACAAAUAUAUGACAACGUUAUAGUUAUUAGUUAAAUCAACAAUGUUUUCAUAAUUUAAUUAAAUAUUCUACUCAUUUGUUAAUUUGUACUGUACUUGUUUCAAAAUGUAUUGUUUUAUUGAAUGUAUAGGUAACGUCCUCAGAGCUUGUUUAAUGUUGUGAUAUUGAGGAUUGAAUUAUUUAAUUGUUUACCGUAUAUUACUAUACUGCAUUACUCUAUUAUAUUGGAGACCAGUGUAUUAAUAAUGUAGAAUGUAAAUAGUUUUAAAAAAUUGACCUAUUUUUAGAAUAUAGGAGAUUUUAGAAAUGCGUCAAACAUUUUGUUUUUUAAAAAAGGCUCUCUACUUAUUAGCAUCUAUAGUACAAUAUUUUCUCAGAGUCUUAGCAUAUAAUAUAGUAUUGUAUUCCGCUGAAAAUUAUACUUAUUAUUUCAAUGAAUGGUAACAGUUUGGAUCAAUUUACCACUAUCUUCUAUAGUGUGAUCCGUAAUUUUGUAUUUUUAUGUGAUCAUUCAACUCAAAAUCUGCUUUAUAGAUUGCACUGAAACCUAAAUAUAACUAAGGUUUGUCCCAUUCAGAACGCAGAUGUGAAUUUUCAAUUAAAUCGUUAUUUAUUUAGAAUAAUAUCACAAUGUUUUUAAUUUAAAUGGAAGGUGCAUGGAACUGCAUUAACUGAAGGAAUUCACUUCCGAUUGUAGUAAAAAA